AUGACCGCCCCGCUUGACUCCGACUCCAACGCUUCCGCGCCGGCGUACGCCGCGUCGUCGCUGACGCUGGGGUUCGACAACGUGACGGUGCGGCGGGACAAGCAGGUCGUCAUCAACAACGCCUCGGGCAUCAUCCACGGCGGCCGGGUGACGGCGAUUGUCAGCUGCAGCGGGACGCCGGGCGACUCCUUCCUGCUUGGCGCCCUGGCGGGGCGCGGGGAGUGCGCGGGGGGCGCCAUCAUGAUGAACGGCCUCCCGAUGGAUGCCCCGGCGUACCUCCACCACGCCGCCCUCAUCGACGAGGAGUUCACCGCACUUGAGGAGCUCACCGUGCGUGAGAGCAUUGAGUACGCCGCCUCCAUGCGCGUCGCCGCGAGCGCCUUCACGGUGCAGGAAAUUAUCGAGACGUUAAUGCUUGAGGGCGCCGCAGACGCCGUGGUGCGGACGUGCUCCCUGUACGUGCGCCGCCGUGUCUCGUUGGGGCGAGAGUUGCUGCUGAACCCACGGGUGCUCUGCUUCGACCAGCUGUUGGAGGGCCUGCGAACCCACGAGGCGCAGGAGUUUAUGCGGCUACUUCGACGCAUUGCGGUCCCCGCGUCGGCGGCUUCCUCCCCGAACCACUCGCUGCCGUUAACUUCGCCCCUCCCGCGCUUGUCGCCUCCGCGCAACCCUGCCGUUGCCUCCGCUGAGGCCUUGCAGGCCCCCCCAGCCGCCGCGGCGGCGGCCCCCGCGAUGGAGGAAUCUGCCUCCUCGUCGCGGCACAGUGUGGCGGUGGAGCUGCAGCGGGGGCGGGAGCGCAUCGUGUUGGUCGCCAUGUCGCAGCCACGUUGGGCGAUACUCAAGUUUGUCGAUGAUGUGAUUCUCCUCGAGCGCGAAAAGUGCGUGUUUUGCGGACCACUCACGGAGCUUUUCGCCGCAAUUCGCGUCGACCCAGCCUCAGCCGUCGUGGAGAAUGCGAUUAGCUCCUUGUACCGGCUGGCGUCUGGCUCGGAGUCGUCGCUUUCCGACACCUUUGCCCACUCUGGCAACGCGGAACGUGUGCAGCGGAGCGUCAUGCUUUUUUUCCACAGUUGUGCCUCGGGGCGAGAGAUGCUUGCGGGGCGCCCGUACUCCAGCCCUGGCGCCCAUGUGCGGUUGUUUUGCAUGUUUAAGUACGACUUGCUGCAGGUGCGGCACAACCUUUACCUGGGCGGCCCCAUCUUCCUCCUGCUUGUUGUGCUGGUGGUGGUGUUGGCGGCGGUGUACAACAGCCAAGAGGGACAAAGCGGGAUGCAGAAUCGCAUUGGCAUCAUCUUCUUCCUCGUGAGCUCCACUUUUCUGUAUAGCAUUCUCGCCCUGGAUUCACAGCGACGCGAGUACAGCCGUUUUUUGCGGCACCGGGCGCAUGGCUACUAUGGAGUUUGCACCUACUUGACCUAUGCCGUCCUGUACUGCGUCUUGGAACGAAUUUUCUUCCUCUCUGUGCUGACCUUUGCCGGCUUCUGCGUCUCCAACGUGGGGGAGAAGUGGAACUACUACCGCCUCAUCAUGGAGCUUGUGCUCAUCAUUGGGGUCAUGUCCAUCUGCAGCCACUUUGUUGUGUUUUUCUUCUGCACCGUGAUAUGGACGCGGCGAGUUGCCAUUUUUGUCCUCUUUGCCGUGUACACGCUGAACCUGCUCCUCGCGGGCAUCAUUCUGAACCUCACGACACUGCCGAAGGCCUUCCAAUUUAUAUCCAACGUCUCACUCAUUCGACUGGCGUAUGAGUCGUCCAUUCUUUCGCAAUUCCUGGGCCGCGACUUUGGCUGCGGCCAAACAAAUGAGACUAUGUGCUACACCGGCCCAGAGUAUGCGGCGUUUUUGGGGUUCAAAGAGUCCCGCAUGUGGGUAAAUGUCGGCAUCCUUGCCGGCAUCUCUGCGCUGCUCAUAAUGGGAUGCCUCUGCGCGAUGCUGUGGCACCGUCCGCCGCGCGAUCGUUGCUAA